AUGAAAAAAAAAAUUGAAAUAGAGAAAAUUAUAAAGGAAUAUAGAACAAUAUUUGCUAAAGACAAGUAUGAUAUAGAAUCAGUUAGGAAUUAUGAAGCUCACAUAGAUUUACUAGUAAAUAAAUAUUGUAGUAAAAGACUAUACAGAUGUACAAUACAAGAUAAAUUAGAAAUUGAAGAGCAAAUAUCCAUGUUAUUAAAGAAUAAUUUAAUAGAAGAAUCUACCAGUCCUUUCGCUGCUCCAGUGACAUUGGCAUUUAAAAAAGGUGAAAAUAGAAAAUCCCGUUUAUGUGUAGAUUUCAGAGAAUUGAACAAAAUUGUUCUACCACAAGCUCAACCUUUUCCUUUGAUAGAUGAUCUAAUUAUUAAAACUAGAAAUUGCAAGUAUUUUACUACACUGGAUAUAAACUCAGCAUUUUGGGCAAUACCAUUACGGGUAGAAGACAGAAGUAAAACAGGAUUUGUCACACAAAAUGGCCACUUCCAGUGGUCCUGCCUCCCAUUUGGCUUGAAAACAUCACCAGCAAUUUUCCAGAGAAUUUUAAGCAAUAUUCUAAGAAAACACAAUCUCACAGGAUACUCUGUAAACUAUAUUGACGAUAUUUUGAUAUACUCGUCUACCUUUGAAGAACAUACGAGUAUAAGGCACAUAAGAAAUGUAUUAGAGGCAAUAAUUAAAGAAGGCUUUAGAUUGAAGUUUAAGAAAUGUACCUUUGCUUCGGACUCGGUAAAAUACCUCGGCCAUAUUAUUCAGAACAAUUCAGUAAGACCACUAAAAGACAAUUUGAUUUCAAUAAGGGAUUUUCCAACUCCUAAGAUGCAAAAGAACAUCAGACAAUUUUUGGGAAAAAUAAACUUCUACCAUGAAUACAUACCAAAAAGUGCAAUUAUCCUAGAUCCAUUACAUAAUUUAUUUAGAAAAAACGAGAAGUUUGUAUGGUCAGAGAAGUGUGAAGAAUCAUUUAAUCAGAUAAAAAGAUAUUUAUGUUCUCAACCGGUCUUGGAAAUAUUCGACAAAGACUUACCAAUCAAAAUCUAUACCGAUGCAUCUUUGGAGGGCAUUGGAGCAAUAUUAAAACAAACACAACUAGAUGAUAAUGACAAACCGGUGGCAUAUUUCUCAAAAAAACUGAACGAACAUCAAAAACGGAAAAAAGCUAUAUAUUUAGAAUGUCUUGCUAUGAAAGAAGCCAUUAAAUAUUGGCAGCACUGGCUCAUUGGAAAACAAUUCACUAUUUACUCAGACCACAAACUUCUAGAGAACAUGAACAUUAAAUGCAGGACAGAUGAAGAAUUGGGUGAUCUCACAUAUUACCUACCUCAGUAUGACUUCACAGUAAAAUAUAUACCUGGUAAAGAAAAUGUAGAAGCAGACUGUUUGAGCCGAAAUCCUGUACUAGAAUCAGAAAAUAACAGAGAGGAAAUUUUGAGAAUAGUUAAUGUAAUACAAAUAAAAGAUAUAGUUGAAGACCAGGAGAAAAAUGAAACAAUAAAAGAACAGAAACAAAAUUUAAUAUACAAAAAUAAAAUCUAUUAUAAAAAAAUAAAGAAACAGGAAAAGAUUAUCCUCUCAGAAGAAUUUAGUAAGAAACUUAUAAAAAAGGUGCAUGAAAAUUUUUGCCAUAUUGGGAUCAGACAAUUGCAGAAGAAAAUAAGUCCUAUAUAUACAGCUAUAAACCUAACAAAAAAUAUUAUACAUACUUGUAAAACAUGUGAAAUAUGCAUUAAAAAUAAAUCAAGAUGUCAAAAAAAAUUGGAUUAA